CGUUGAGUGUAAAGAGCAGUAGUCUAGGAAGAAGUCCAGAAAGAAGUCAAGGCUUGGCAGAUUUUUUUGCACCUUGAUAAUGUUUAGUCUCCAUGGAAAAGAAGAAAAAAGAAAUGACAUUGGGAUUUUGAGUACCUGCAUUAUGAAAGCUUUACUUUAGAAUUAGGGAAAAGUGACACCUGCUGUAAAAUUUUGGAAGUUAGAACUCUGUGCUGAGAUUUUGUUUGUUUCCUUAUUUUCAUUUUGUAGCUUUUUCUGAUUGUUUUAAAACUUCCCCUCUGGCUUGAAUCUGAUCAAGCCUUAUAUUCUGCUGGGCUGGUUCUAAACUACAAAUAUGGUUUGAUUGUUGUAGAAUUAAUUCACAUUAAAAAAUGGAUAUAUUUUUUCUUUCCCUGCUGUUUCUACAUGAAUAUUGCUGCUGGAUUUAUCUAGAGAAUAAUAAAAGGCAAGAGAAGGAACAGCAAGAAAAGAAGAUGCCUGGCAUAAGAAUUCACAUCUGACUCUCCUUGUGAAUGCCAGUGGUCAUGCUGUUAGACUCCAUUGUCAGAAUAGAGUUUGUCUGGUAUUGGCUGGAUGAAAAUGGCAAGUGGAUUGAGUACGGCCAAAAGGAUUCUGAACACUGUGCUGCCUCAAUAUCAUCCUCUGAGUUGGAGACUACUUUCCUAGCCAACCACAGAGGAGUUGUAUUCUUCCAGGCUGGGGUUCAGCUGUAUGAAUUAAAUUUCCAAGAGAUGAUUCAGAGAAAUGUGUACUACCAAACACAGAGGAGAGUCUGCAGAUGGCCCAGACUUGUAUUUUUUGGAGGUAGACAUAAAAGUGAGAAGAGCUGCCGUUUUGAAUCUUCUUUUCCCUUCCACUCAUUUCCUUCAACCUGGGACCAAUCAGCACUUCCUGACAUAGGCUAUAAGCUGGUAGAGGUCUCUGAUUCUUCAGAAGAGUAUCAUGAAAUCAAGGGGCUAUUUGACAAGACAAUGGAAGGUUACAUUAUACACCGACUUCAAAGAAUUCAGAAUCCUUCUCUCUGGCAAGUCUUUCAGUGGCAAAGAGAACAGAUGAAGAAGUUGAAUAGAGGACAGGAAAUUGAUGAAUGGCUCUUGUUCCAUGGCACUAGCACAUCUCACCUGUAUGAUAUCUGUAGGCAAAACUUUGACUGGAGAAUCUGUGGCACACAUGGAACACUAUAUGGAAAAGGAAGCUAUUUUGCCAGAGAUGCCUGUUACGCUCAUGCAUACUGCCAGUCGAGGAUUCACACAAAGGCCAUGUUUGUAGCUAGAGUUUUGGUUGGAAACUCUGUCCAAGGAAAAGCUGCUUACGUCCGCCCUCCUUCUAGACCUGACCAAUCAAACAGCUUCUAUGAUAGCUGCGUGGACAAUGUUCUGAAUCCUUCUGUUUUUGUCAUCUUUGAGAAGCACCAGAUUUACCCAGCGUAUAUUGUGGAGUAUGAGGAACUGUCCCAUUGUGUGAUCAUGUAAAGGCAGCAAUUCUUUGUUUUUCCUUAAGCAUGACCUUUCAUCUUUUAUAUGUGCAUAUAAACUUGAAAUAUUUCUCAUUUGAAA